AUGUGUGCGGGCCAAGCCGGCUUGCGAGAAGAGACGGAGGGGUCUAGAAGGCGAGGGGCAGUGGAGAAACAUGAGCAAAAGAACCCCCAAGCCAGGGUGCUAGGUAGCUGCCCGGGUAAGCGGGUCAACAAGACCCAGGAGUUGCUGCGCCUCGGGCUUCUGGGUGCACUGCUGGCUAACGGAAAGGCCUGCACGCUGCCUACAACUCGCCAAGGGCGACUCAAGUACUAUUUUAUCGCCACGCUCGCGGUUCCUUUAAUAAGUCGCAUUUCGAUAAUAAUAAUAAUAAUAAUAAUAAUAAUAAUAAUAAUAAUAAUAAUAAUAAUAAUAAUAAUAAUAAUAAUAAUAAUAAUAAUAAUAAUAAUAAUAAUAAUAAUAAUAAUAAUAAUAAUAAAUAUUUAUAUAAUUUAA